UAAAAAUAUAUGGUUUUAUUGAACAUUGGAGACACGAACGAUGUCGUUUGUUUCUGAAAGUAUUAUUGAAGCCGAAAAAGGUGAUAUAGAAAAGCUAGAUGCAUUUUUAAAUAGUCAAGAAUCGAGUAAUGACUCAGAUACUAGUUUGGAUGAUGAAGAGGAUGUUGAUUUAGACGCUCCAGUAAAUGAUCCAGUUAGUAUUACGCCAAACUCAAACAUAAAUGUUGAGUUUAAUGAUGUAACUCCUUAUAAUCAACAAGUCCAAACAAUUUUAUCAAACGUAUCCAAUUAUAAUUUGGAUACUGUAUUAAUGUUGAACACCGCUCAACAGAAUUUAUUAAUGGAAGCAAUCACUAAGUAUCAAAAAUUAUUGCAAAAUUGUGAUGAACAAUUAAAUCGUAUUAAAAUCAUGAAAAAUGAAUUAACUACAAAGGCAAGGGAAAAUAAAUUCAGCAGUUGGUUUCGUUGUGGUGUCCCUUAUUUUAAAGAUAAAUCCUUACGGCACAAGUGUCCUUCAAAUAAAGAUGUUUUUAAUAAAAUUACAAACGGUGAAUUGGCGUUAAUAGAUUUGCCGCCAUGCAGGUUUUGGCUAGCACAUGAAAAAGAAGUGUUAAAAAAAGCAGUUUGCGGCCAAUCUAAACAGAUCAGACUAAGAAUGAUAAGAGACAAAUCAAAUAAUAUACAAAAUAUUGAACAAUGGAAAAAUAAACCUGCGGAAGAAUGUGUUUUCCCAGUGUAUGAUAGAAACGUACUUAUAGAUUGGUUAAAAAUAUCAAUCCAUGAUUUAAAAAGUCGCCAUACUGAUGAAGAUUGUAAAGCUAUGUGGUAUCAAAGUUUACAUCCCCAUUUAAAUAAUAAACCAUACGGUCCUCGAGAAGCACAGAAAUUAAAAGAAAUCGCUGCUAAACAUAAUUAUCAAAAUUGGGAUUUAAUUGCUGAAGAAUUAGGCACAAAUCGAUCAGGAUAUUCUGUUUGUUUGUUUAAUCGAUUAAAUCAAGAUAAAUGUAAUAAAAGGACAUUAAAAUGGACUCCGGAUGAAGAUAAUAGAUUAAUGUCCCUAAUUGAGAAAUAUAAAAUGGGGAAUUUUAUACCAUGGGGAAGGAUAGCUCAUGCUUUUCCAAAUCGUGAUAAAACACAAAUAUAUUGCAGAUACAAUACAUCACUUAGAACUGAAUUUAAAAAAGGAAAAUUCUCGAAACAAGAAGAUUUAAUGCUAGUAACAUUAGCGAAAAAAUUUGGUAAUAAUAUUAAAAAAAUAAGUAGUUAUUUUAAAGAACGUACUGCAACACAAAUUCGUAUACGUUAUACGAGUUUAAUAUUAAAUGAAAAUAAGAUAAGACCAUGGACAGAAGAGGAAGAUAAGAAAAUAAUUGAAUUCGUUAAAGAGAAUCAUAAAGAAUCUAAACCGAUAAGUUGGAGUAAAUUAGAAAAAAUUAUUGAUAAUCCAUUUAGAAAUCGAACAAAUAUUAGACAUCGUUGGAAUACUAUUAAAAAUUAUUUAAAUAGUUCGUUUGAAGGGGAUGUUUCUAUAAUUCCUAGACCGUCAAAAAAACGAUCAGGAUCUACAGAAAUAAACCAAACUCAUUUAGAUAAAGUAAUGAAAGUUUUAAAUAAUGAAAAAACAAAAAUCUGUGAUUUACGUGAUAUAACCGAAGAAGUUUUAUCAACAGAGAUUAAACGAGAGUUCAUUGAUCAAUUUCAAAAUUUCUUUAUACAAAAAUUCUUUAAAAUAAAAUUUAAACGACCUAUUGACGACAUUUUAGAAAUAGAUGUUGUUAAUAUUUUAUUCUUGAUUAAUAUAUUAAAUGGGUGUAUUUGUUUGGAAUCAUUAUAUCAU